AAACGUAUUCAGGCUGAGCACAAUCAUCCGCCAUGGCUAGAUCGUUCGGUGUAACAUUAAUCGUUCUGGUAGUCUGUAUCGGUGCGUGUAAAGCUGAUUUCGGGAUGGGUGUUACUGUACCUAAUCUGCAAUCGAGUGUUUCAAGUGCAAUUGGAGCCGGGUUAAUUCCGCUGCUGGCUGCCAAUGCAUCCAUCAAAGUGAACGUAGAUUCGGAUGUAACAGGCACCUUAGGUGCGGUCGUAGUUGUUGUAAAUAGUGUCAAUGCUAGUGUGUCCAGAAUUUACCGUGUGACAAAGGCUGCAGUUUCGAACAGCAACACUAGCUCGAUCGUGCUUUUUUCUGGGCUGCUGGGAAACGUUACGACGGCUACGCUGGAUCUCGUUAGCGCAGCCAUUGUGUCACAAGCAUUUCCAUUGACCGUCGAUUCGGAGACCAACACCGGAAUCCAAGGGAACAUAACCACUCUGCUGAACGAUGUUUAUGAACUGAUUUUGGUUUUUUCAAAGUUUGCUAUCGCUGUUGAUCAAGUACAGUUCUCAACAAAUCCGGUGACCAGUGCAAAUGUAUCCAGUUUCGUGACACCUGCCAUUGUUUCCGAACUAACUACCACAAUAAGCUCUAUAACUUCGGCGGUUGAAAGUCUUGCUCGUUUGUUUACUGUCGUUAUCAGAGAUAAGUCUACUAUCGUGACCCAGGUCAGAAGUAUAAAUGUGACGUCAAGCACAGCAAAUCAAGCUCUGACAAGUCAAAUAAAUACAUACAAUUUGAAUAUUGCUAACGCAUCCCGAGCAAUGACAGCAAACAUCAACGUGUGGACUAGCAGCAUCGUACAGGCAGUAACACCGAUAAACGAUCUGUUAUCUACUUGUAACACUUUCACCCCGGACAGUAGUAUCCUGCUGAGAAUUUCAGAGACAUUUCUCAACUUGCAAAUGAAUGUUCUGCAAAACCUUUUGAGUCGAACGCAAACUUCCGCUGAUGCUCUUUACAACGCUACCCGAGCCAUCACAUGUGCAACCAUCAGUUCUAGCAGCCAGUAUGCUGGUACCUGCUUUUCCAAGUACUCCGUCCAGUUGACACUGCCUCCGGUUCUAGUAAGCCGUCUGUCGAGUUGCCUUUCAGCCGAGACCCCAACUGUGCUCAACCUGAGCCCCAUGCUGACGCCACUGCUGCGACAGCAACGAAGGGAUCUCACGUCAGUUACCGCGGCUCAGCUUUCAACCUGCUCCAAACCCAAUGGACCGUGCGUUGCGGUGUACGCCACAGCCUUUGAUGAGUUGAAUACCCAAAUCUCCGCUCAGCUGAACGUGACUCAGGUCGUGCUGCAGAUGGAAUCUGAAAUCGUACAAAAACGAUUCGGCACGUGUGCCAACGCAACUACUGCCGACGUUCUAGAUAACAUUAGAAUUAUUUCCAGUGAAUUUGACAAAUGUUUGAUAACUGGACAGUAG